UUUAUAACCAUAGAUCUCGUAUUCAAGCUUUGAAAAUGUGGGGGAAAAAAUGCUAAACUCCAUAAAUGACACCAAAGGGGCCAAAAGCAUCCAUCGCCCAAAUCCCUUGCGCCUCCAUUCACGAAGAAUCCACUGGUUUUUGACGAAAUAUCCUUCUCACCGUGACAUAUACAUUUUAUAUUGAAUAUUCAUAGACAACUACUUACUAAAAGAUAUGUGCCACCAACUAGUAGAAUUCAAAAAGGGGUUGAAAAAAAAAACUAAAAUGACUCUUUUGAAGUUGACAUAGUUCAUCGUUCUUGGUGAGUCAACAUUUUACAACCACUAGUGGGGCGUGCAUCAAUAUUGCUAUAAUGAACCAAAUAUCCAAAAUACCUCUCACCAACUAUUAUCCACUUCCCCUAUAUAAAUACCAACCUCAAACCAUUCUUCUCCACUUCAAUAUAAAUCACUAUUGCAGCAAACUUUUCAUCUUUGAAAUAUUCAAUUACUUCAAACUAUCCAAAAAAAUGGCCAUUAUUCUUGAUGAUGAAGCCCCCAUUCAUGGAGAUGUCUUAGAGGUUAUUCUUUCGCACGUGCCACUUGUCGACUUGGUUCCCGCUUCGUGCGUGUCAAAAUCAUGGAGCCGAGCCAUCACCUCUUCUCUCCGAUGCUUCAACAAGCCAAAGCCGUGGCUUAUUAUACACACCCAAUGCACUCGCUCACCCUAUGACAUUUCUGUACACGCUUAUGACCCCCGCUCGCACGUGUGGCUUGAGAUAUCUCAACCGUCCAUUAAGUACGUCUCCGCCCUCCGAUCAUCCCAUUCCAAUUUGCUCUACAUGCUUUCACCUUCAAAGCUCUCUUUCUCAUUCGACCCGAUGAAUGUCACGUGGCAUCACGUGGAUGCACCGCGCGUGUGGAGGACCGAUCCUAUCGUGGCUCAUGUAGCCGGCUCCAUCAUUAUUGCCGGCGGUACAUGCGAUUUUGAGGACGAUCCUUUAGCCGUGGAAAUCUACAACAUGGAGACUCGCACGUGGGAAACGUGUGAGUCCAUGCCGGCGAUACUCAAAGACUCCGCAGCUUCCACGUGGCUGUCGAUCGCCACCACCGGCGAUAAACUCAUUGUCGCCGAGAAAUUCACUGGCGUCACUCACUGCUUUGACCCGAAAACCAAGAAUUGGGCCGGACCUUACGAGCUAAGGGCCGACCCACAAAUUUUCUAUUCGAUCAUCGGAUUCUCCAAUGAUCGUCUGAUCCUCAUUGGCAUGAUCGGAGACGCUGAAAAUGUCACUGGAGUUAAAAUUUGGAAAGUGAACACGGAGAAUUUUGAGUGUGAGAAAAUGGGGGAAAUGCCGCCGGCGUUAAUUAAGAAGCUGAAAAGUGAAACUUUUGGAGUUUUUUCAGUUAGUGUGUGUUUAGCUGGAGAUUAUGCAUACAUGUACAAGUCAUCGGAGAUGGCGGAGGAGAUAGUGGGUUGGGAGUUCAAGAACGGCGGCGGAUUACGGUGGUGGAGCAUGAAUAAUGCGGCGGCUGGCGACGGAAACAGAUCGGAGAGAGUGGUGUUUACUUGUUCUGUUAUUGGGUUACCCGAUUUGCAGCGAGCUGUGUCAUUGGAAAAUCGAAAAAUUGCUGUGAAGUUAUGAAAAUUUGACGCAUGGACAAAAUUAUUUUUUUAUUUUGUAUGUUGCGGUUGAUUUUAAGUUCUUUCUUUUUUUAUUUUAUUUAAAAAUGGUUGCUACCAACCAUUGGUUAAUUGAUUAAAGAGCAGCAUUUGACCAUUUUGGCAAAUCACCAACAACGGGUCCACUUUUUGUUAGUUGGGCUAUGACUAAUUUUGCUAAAAAAGUAAUUAGAUUAUUCCUAUUAGAAAUUUUUA